AUUACGAGAUCAUUUUUCAUGAAAAAAAAAGUUUUUGCUCUGUUUUUCUGAAUUAACGAGUUAAUUAUCUCAGAAUUAUUUUUCUUGAAAAAUAUUUUUUUCACUCUGUUUUUAUGAAUUAAUGAGUUAAUUAUCUCAGAAUUAUGAAAAUAAUAUUCAUGAAACAUUUUUUUUUUCUGAAUUAACGAGAUCCCUCAAAAUCCUGCCAGAAGCUUUCACCUGCACGAAGUAACGUCAGGCCACAGUUGCUGUUGCAAAUCAGCCUGACCCUCCGAUAACAAACAGUGCCAGGCCUACAUGUACAUGGGUUCAGUGCAGGGCCAGCUAUGGCUACAUCUUCAAAUACCCACCUCCCACAAGAUGAUGGUCUGUGGAUGUUUCUUCAGAGCCGAGGGAUUCCUGAGGAAUAUAUACAGAAAAUGCAGCAAGAUCAUAUUGACAGCUCGGUAGUUGGAGAAAUAGAUGAUGCCACUAUGACUGCUUACAUUCCAGCAUAUGGUGAUAGGAUUGCUACAAGGCGUUUCUGUAUGGAAAAACAGAGAAAAGGUGGUGAUGAUCUAAAAAGACUGUCCUUAUUUGAAAAACUUAGAAGAAAGAUGGGCACAUUGACAAGCAAUAAAGACACAGAUCAAGAUUUUGAGGAGGAGCAUUCUAUGCAGCCAACAAAGAUACAUCUGAGAAAUAACAAAAGGGCCAUGAAGAUGACAAGGAAAAUAGAACUAGGAUAGAUACACAACAAGAAACAAGUGAGAAAACGCAAUGGUGGAGGAACCAGAGUUCUUGAUAUUUCCAAGAAAGCCACAAAAACAGAGAUUCUAUCACAAGCUAAAAAGCUAUUUUUCCCCAAUGAGAAAUCGAGAAAGGGAAAGUGGGAAGAGUUCAGUCACAGCAUUGUUGACUUUCAGGAAGCAUACCUUGAUGAGGGUGUUAGUGUGGGAGAGCUCUAUGAAACACAUAAAUUGGGGAUUUUAAGAUUUUACUUGUUCACAGAGCACCUGACAAAUGGAGAUGAAGUAUUCACAGAGAUGACAGAAGGAACUGAUGAACAGACAGAUGCAGUGAGGGUAAAUGAGCGACAGAAAAUCACAACAGAAGAUAAUGAGCAGUUGACACAAAAAACACAUGACAGUGAACAGCAGACACACACUGUGGAAGCUUUUGUCUCUACUGCUGUAGAGAUUGUUGAUCUUACAUCUUUGUGUGAUACAUCAGAGGUCAUUUUUGGCCCUUUGCAAGGUGGACCAUUUUUAGAAGAUCUUGAUGACACAAUCUUACAUGAGCCUAUGGAAGAGGCACAGAUAAACAUCAACGCCAACAGCUCAACUCCUGUCCAUUCUGACACAGUGUCUGCUGGCCCAUUAAGUCCUCCUUAUGAACUGUUGCAUGUGACAGUGAAACUCCACAGAGUCAAUCUCUUGGAGGAACUGAUUACCCAAUUCAAGGAUGAAGCGAUGAUGUCCUACACUGUGAAAUACAGCUUCAUUCAUGAAAUGGGGGCAGAUGCUGAUGGCGUGUCCAGGGAUGUAUAUGCUGCCUUCUGGACAGAGUUUUUAGACUGUGCAGCAGAGGGUGCAGAUGUGAGGGUGCCAUCACUAUCCCCAAAAUGGCAAGAGGAAGAAUGGAAAUCUGUUGGUAGGAUAAUGGUCAAGGGAUUAAAGGACCAUGGAUAUUUUCCUUCUCGGCUGGCUCAAGCUUUUACAGCAGCAAUCACAUUUGGCGAACACACUGUCUCACCUGAUUUAUUGUUUGACUCACUAAUGUUGUAUCUUAGUCAGUCUGAGCGGGAUCUCUUGUCCACUGCUUUGCAAGACGCCCUUGAUGGUGAUGAUAAAGAUGAACUUCUUGAUCUUAUGGAUCGCAUCGGAGUAAGAACAGUACCAACACAAGAGAACUUGAAAGCUGUGCUUCUCCAAGUUGCCCACAAGCAAAUAAUCCAGCAACCAAAAUAUGCACUGGAUAACAUUGCAGCAGUCGCAGGACCAACUCUCAGGGAUUUCUUCCCCAGUGUGAUGGAUAUGCAGAAGAUGUAUGAGGAUCUUAAACCAUCAACUCGAAAGGUAUUAAAGUUGAUCACGGCCUCUCCAGCUACUCCAGCAGAGAACCAAAGUUUGCGAUUUUUACAUCAAUACAUCAGGGGAUUGGAUGAGAUAGGCCUCCGGAAGAUGUUGAGAUUCGUGACAGGGUCUGAUGUCAUCUGCGUUAAAGACAUUCAAGUCAUAUUCACCCCUUUGGAAGGGUUAUCAAGGCGGCCUAUUGCACAUACUUGUGGCCCAACUUUAGAGCUGCCAUCAACUUACAACAGCUAUCCUGACCUCCGAGCUGAAAUGGAGGCUAUACUGUCCAGCAACUUCUAUGCAAUGGACAUUGCAUAGAAGUGUCUCACUCACUCACAUGUACACACUCUUCCCUCUUGCCCAGUUAUAGCCUUAUCAGUGCCAUCUGUUGACCUUUAAAUAGUGUGUGAAUGUGAGACAGAGCACAUAGGGGAAGUAAUUAACUUAGGUGGUGCAUUAUGAGCGCAGGGUGAUUUAUUUUUUAUUUUAUGUUUUUCAGUUUCAGUUUUGUCCAGAAUGUCAUUACCAAACUUACUGUGGAAACAUGUUUACUGGCUGAAGAACAUUUUGUUGAUGGACUCCGAAUAUAUCCAGCCAUUAGAAACAUUUACACUUGAUAACCUGACAAUAAUCAGUUUGAUUUAUUGAUAAUGAUACAGGACCAUUCAAAUGCCAUUUAGGUUGCCAUGUUUGCAGUGGGCCCAAAGUGUGUCAAAUCACAUUUGGUCAUCCUGAAUAGUUCCACCAUAAGGAAAAAUUUUCCAUUUUGACAAUGGCAACAUGUUUUGCAACGUUUCAUAUGCAGUUGCUGUUAUUGCCAGACUUAAACUGUCUGUAGAAACAUAUUGAGUGGCUGAACAUUUUGUUAAUAUACUUUAAGGUCCACUUAACCAAAAAACAAUUAUAAGCAUUUUACACAAUGUAUGUUAUAAAUGCAUGUGGAUACAUCUUAAUUUUUAAGUGAUUUAGAUACAUGUUCCAAUAUUUCAAAUGUACUUUUAUGUAAGCCAUCAUUUCUGUUAGCAGUUUAGGAGCAUACUUUUUGGGACAAUUUAAAAGAAAUU